CGUGUAUUUUAUAUACCUUUAAGGAACGUACAUUUAAUUUAGGUUGAAACAUAUUUUAUUUACGUACUCUAAAUGUUUCCAUUUCCCAUGGAUGUAAGCGCACGCAAACACUUGUCUACGGUAUUACGGUAACGUGCGGUAGGCGUGCUUUGCGUCGGAAUGUACCAUUCUGCCAACACACCGGGAAGGAUUUUGUUGUGACAGCGGAGUAACAACCCGGCAGGGGGAGACGGUCAGAACAUAGGUUUUUUUAAAAUCUUGGAUCCACAAUGGCCUUCAGCAAGGGAUAUCGCAUCUACCACAAGCUGGAUCCACCCCCCUACAGUGUCAUAGUGGAAACUAGGACCAGGGAAGAAUGCCUCAUGUUCGAAUCAGGGGCUGUUGCCGUUCUGUCGGCGGCAGAGAAGGAGGCCAUCAAAAACACAUACUCAAAGAUUGUUGAUGCUUAUGGAAUCCUGGGUGUCCUCCGCCUCAACCUGGGUGACUCCAUGCUCCACAGUCUGGUGGUUGUGACAGGAUGCAGCUCUGCGGGGAAGGUGCAGGAUUCAGAGGUUUUCAGAGUCACGCAGACAGACUUCAUAUCACUGAAGAAUGAUCCAGGGGACGAAGACCGGAUUGCUGAGGUGCGAAAGGUCCUAAACUCAGGACACUUCUACUUUGCCUGGUCUGCCACUGGAGUCAGCAUGGACUUGAGUCUCAAUGCACAUCGCAGGAUCCUAGAAGAUACUACAGAUAACCGUUUCUUUUGGAACCAGUCUCUGCACCUGCAUCUAAAACACUACGGAGUAAACUGUGAUGACUGGCUGUUGAGGCUGAUGUGUGGGGGUGUGGAGAUCAGGACUAUCUAUGCAGGGCACAAACAGGCUAAGGCCUGCAUCUUCUCUCGCCUCAGCUCAGAGCGAGCAGGAACACGAUUCAACGUCCGAGGAACAAACGAUGAUGGCCAGGUGGCCAACUUUGUGGAGACGGAACAGGUUAUUUUCCUGGAUGACAGAGUCUCAUCCUUCAUACAGAUCCGUGGGUCCAUUCCUCUUUUCUGGGAACAGCCAGGAAUCCAGGUUGGCUCUCAUCGUGUCAAACUCUCAAGGGGAUUUGAGGCAAAUGCCCCGGCAUUCGAAAGACACUUCACUGCACUGCGGAGGUUGUAUGGCAAACAGGUGAUCAUCAACCUGCUCGGGAGUAAGGAAGGAGAACACAUGCUCAGCAAAGCAUUUCAGAGUCACCUGAAGGCAUCGGAGCACGCGUCAGCAGUGAAAAUGGUGAACUUUGACUACCAUCAAAAUGUGAAGGGAGGCAAGACAGACAAACUCCACAGUGUCCUCAAACCCUACCUCAGCAAGUUCAUAGAGGAGUGUGGGUUCUUCUACUACUCUGGAGAGAUGGGCAUCACAAGGACUCAGGGUGGAACCAUUAGGACCAACUGCCUGGACUGUCUGGAUAGAACCAACAGUGUCCAGGCCUUCUUUGCCCUUGAGAUGUUGCCAAAGCAGCUGGAGGAAAUGGGUCUUACAGAGAAGCCCCAGCUGGUGGCCAGAUUCCAGGAGGUUUUUAGGACCAUGUGGUCCGCCAAUGGAGACUCCGUCAGUAAGAUCUAUGCGGGCACCGGUGCCCUGGAUGGCAAGGCCAAGGCCGGGAAGCUAAAAGAUGGAGCUCGCUCUGUGACAAGGACCAUCCAGAAUAACUUCUUCGACAGCUCCAAGCAGGAGGCUAUAGACAUCCUGAGGCUGGGCUCCACGCUUAACAGUGAUUUGGCUGACAAAGCUCGGGCCUUGCUCACCACCUCCAGUCUUUACGUCACUGAGCCGGUCUUACAAUCAGCCUCCCCGAGAGUAUUGCUGGGAAUGUGUCAGAACUACCAGAAAUACACAAGGCCCAAGCAGAUCCGGGUGUGUGUGGGUACCUGGAAUGUCAACGGGGGUAAACAGUUCCGCAGCAUCGCUUUCCGCAACCAGACACUCAACGACUGGCUGUUGGAUGCUCCAAAGAAGGCGGGGCAUCCUGACUUCCAGGACAGCAAAGCCAACCCCAUAGAUAUCUUUGCCAUUGGUUUUGAGGAAAUGGUUGAACUAAAUGCUGGCAACAUCGUCAGUGCCAGCACGACCAACCAGAAGCUUUGGGCAGCCGAGCUACAAAAAAACAUAUCGAGGGACCACAAAUAUGUGCUGCUGGCUUCAGAGCAGCUGGUGGGAGUGUGUCUGUUUGUUUUCAUCCGCCCCCAACACGCACCUUUCAUCAGGGAUGUCGCUGUUGAUACUGUAAAAACCGGAAUGGGCGGGGCUACAGGCAAUAAAGGAGGUGUGGCCAUACGCCUGCUGUUCCACACCACCAGCAUCUGCUUCGUCUGCUCCCACUUUGCUGCUGGCCAGUCACAGGUCAAGGAGAGGAACGACGACUACAGCGAGAUCACGCGCAGACUCACCUUCCCCAUGGGUCGUCUGCUGUACUCACACGACUACGUUUUCUGGUGUGGAGACUUCAACUACCGAAUCAGCAUGCCCAACGAGGAAGUCAAGGAUCUGAUCAAACAGCAGAACUGGGAUGCCUUGACAGCUGGGGACCAGUUGUUGGACCAGAAGAAUGCUGGUUUGGUUUUCCGAGGUUUCAUUGAGGGGAAGUUGGAUUUUGCCCCCACCUAUAAGUAUGACCUCUUCUCAGAGGAUUAUGACACCAGUGAGAAGUGCCGCACGCCAGCCUGGACUGACCGCAUACUCUGGAAGAGGAGGAAGUGGAACUUUGACAGAACGGCUGAGGAGAUGAAUGUAGUAGGUGCAGCUUCUACAUCUGGAGAGAAUGAGGACGAUCCAGAACAUCCUUGGAGCCCUGGGACUCUGAAAUACUAUGGCAGGGCUGAGCUUAAGACCUCAGACCACAGGCCUGUGGUGGCCAUAAUGGAUGUGGACAUCCUGGAGGUGGACCCCGAGGCCCGGCACCAGGUCUACAAGGAGGUCAUCGCCCUGCAAGGGCCUCCAGAUGGCACUAUCCUGGUGUCGCUGUGCUCCUCUGGUCCUGAAGACUAUUUCGAUGAUGCACUCAUAGAUGAACUGCUGGACAAGUUUGCUCAGUUUGGAGAAGUCAUACUUAUCAGGUUUGUUGAGGAGAAGAUGUGGGUGACCUUCUUGGAAGGAUACUCUGCUCUUGCUGCUCUGUCUCUCAGCGCUUCCACUGUCCUUGGCAAGGUGAUUGACAUCCGUCUGAAGAGUCCAGGCUGGAUCAAGAGUCUCGAGGAGGAGAUGAGUGUGGAGAGAAUCUGCGGGAGCAUCCCCACCUCAGCCAGCUCCACCCUGCUCGCUGAGGACACGGACAUGGGCGACGAUGAUUACGACAUGGAAGGUGACGUGGAUGAAGAGGUUGAGGAGAUCCUUCCCCAGCACCUGCAGCCUGGAGCAGGCUCUGGCCCUGGAUCUUCCCCUCUUCCCUCCCCCCGCAGCAGUCCCUGUCCCUCCCCGACCCAUGGAGAACCUUCGGCCCCAAGCAGGCCCAGUCGUGGACAACCCACCCGACCAUCACAAGGGCCUCCUGUUGACUUCCAGCCUGGUGCCCCUCAAGGCAUUGAGCCCAAACGCCCACCUCCACCUCGCCCUGGAGCCCCUCCAGCAAGACCAGCACCCCCCCAACGCCCGCCGCCACCCUCAGGAGGCAUGAGCCCUCUGCCAGUUAGAAAGGACUCUGGAGACUGUGGCAUAUGUCCCAGCCCACUGCUUGGUAGGAGAGGCAGUGAAGGACCAAAAAGCCCCGCUCUGCCUCGGCCAGAUGCUGCUGCAGGUCGAGGCCAGGUAGCAGUGGGAGCUCCUGGACCUGGAGGUGCUCCAAGACCAAAUAUUCCUGCUCGAGUUGGGGUAAUCAGUGUGCCUCCCCAGUCUCGUCCACCACCUCCAGCUCACCCUGGAGCACCCAGACCCAUCCCAGAGGUGCAUCCCGGGGCCCCUCGGCCCAUCCCAGACACUCACCCUGGAGCCCCAAGACCUAUUCCCAGUGCACAGCCCAAACCGACUGAUCUGCCACCAGGUCCACCUUCAGGACCACCUCCUACAGAGCCCCCUCCAGUGAGAGCCCAGGUUCCAUCACCCAUGCAGCCACCUAUGCAGCCCCAAGCAGCUGCCCCUUCAGUUCAGUCCCAGCUCCCAGCACCGAUGCAGCCCACACUCCCAACUCCACUCCAGCCGCAGCAGGCCGCUGCCGCCCCUGCCGGGCCUCCACAGGCCCUCGCCUCUCCCAAACCCCCACCUCGUUCCCGCUCCUCUCAUGCUCUGCCACCUGAUGCUGCCAAGCCUGAGACAGCCCCAGCUGCACAGACUAAUGGACUGAAUGGAAUCCAAAGAGAAGCACAAUGGAAGCCCGACCCCUUCGACACACUUAGAUCUGACUUGCUCUCCUCCUCCUCCACCCCCUGGCACACCACCCAGUCACUGAACAGAGGCUCCUCUCUGCGUGCACCUCCAUCCAUUCCUGCGUCUAGGCCGUCUUCCAACACCCUCCCUACAUCCUUCUCCCUCCAGUCCUCUGCUCUGUCAGACCUGCAGGCACUCGAUUCGUCCUCUUCGUCCUCUCUCUCCACCCCGUCACCUUUCGCGUCCUCCCUGCUCCCGCCUCCUCCGGUCCCGUCUCGCAGUCGCUCGCAGGAGACACUGCGCGCCUCUCCCGGGUCCUUCCCUGCUGACCCACAACCUGCCCGACCCAGCAGCACCAAUCCCUUCACCGGCCCACUGGCGCAGCAGCAGCAUCACCGCUCGCUCACCCCGGACUUCAGCAUCCAGCGUCCAGCCCAGCCAUUUAACCUUCAGAGGACCAUGUCUGCUCUUACGCAGCCACUCAUCCCCAUGCCUGCUCCAACAGCAGCCGCACCCGCCCCCCAGAUCCAAAGGACCAUGUCCUUGUUUGGACCGCCAUCGACUCUCAAUCCUAAUCCUCUACUCCCUCUCACCCCUGAACAUUCCUCUACCCCCGCUUUGCCUCUGGCGCCACCCUCCUCCAUUCCGCCUGCCCUCGCACCUCGUCGCCAGCCACCUCCCGCAGCAGGGAAGCAAACCCAGCAGUGGGUCACUUUCGAUGACGAUUUUCCAGCUACAAGCAAAACACCGCAGGUCCCCAUCUUCCCCUCCAGUUCCCUAGUGUCCCAAACUCGGACUCUGCCUUCCCGCUCCGUGUUUGACUCAGAGCCCGACUGGUUAUCUUCAGCACCUUCAGGAUUCCCAACCCUCCCUCCUCCCGUCCCAACUAGAACCGGUAACCCAAAGCUCCCUGAGGGGCCCAGCGACGACUGCUUCUUCUCCAGGGAGUCAACAGAAAGAUAGAAAUCACUCUCAGUGUGUAAAGGGCAUAUCCAGAUAUGUAUAGAUCUAUGAUAAAUGUGUAUAUGUGUGUGUGUAUUGUACAAAAGAGACAGUAUUUAAGAAGUAUAGACCAAUCCCCUUCUGAAUAAUAGGAAAGGAUUUAUAUCUUGAGCAGAAACGAUGUACGAGUCUCAGUGUGUGUUCUGACUCCCCCAUAGAGAUGUUUGCUCGUUCCUGGUUACUAACAUUUAUUUUAAUAUGAAUCGUUCUGACGUUUAUUUUUAUUCAUGGCAGCAAACAUGUGCCUGUGUCUACAGUUAAUCGCUUUAUAAAGUACAUCUAUACGCACGAGUCAUGUGUGUAACCACCUGUGCAAUAUCAAGACACGUCUGUGUGACUGUAUUCAACAGAACCAGUGUUACAUUUGCAUUGGCUGCAUUGGCUGACACGCUGCGGCUCAUAUCCACCGUUUCGACUGGUCGAGGUUCCUCAGAGUAGAGGGGUAAUCUUCUGUUUACUCGGUUUUAUCAGUUUACAUGUCGUAGAAGGCUAUGCACUGCAGGUUUGACAUCCCCUCUCAAAAUGAAAACAGUCUGCAGCAAUCAGAGAAUUGCUUUGACUUCUGUCUGAGGGGUGCAGAUUAAAAAAAAAAAAAAAAGUCACAUCACAGGCUUUCUUUUAUCAUGAAUGUACUUUAUGUUGCACUGGGUUUUUGUCAUCGCCUCCUUGCCGAGGCACACAGCGUGAACUAGAGCAGCACGAGUCAGUGUCACAGUCAAACUGUUCACUGCAGCAGGGCUGUGACAUCAUCGUUUCACUCUCUCUCUACUCUCAUGGGCUGGUACGCUUAGCUAAAUAUAUUUUGUAGCUCUAUAUCAAAACCUAUACAUAGUGAUUAUGUAUAAAUGGAUGUUUUCAAUAAGGAAACAACUCGCUUAUAUGUGCAUACGUGUGUUUGUGAUGACCGUGUCAGUGGUUUUUGCACAAUGAUAUGCACUGAAAUGCUGUGCGCGCGCUCUCUCGGUUUGCACUCUAGUCGGUGGCAAAAGAUGAGAGCCUGUGGACUGAACAGAUCAGGGGGCUUUUUGACCUUCCCACUCCUGCAGUGUUUCGAUUCCUUCUUGAUUUUAAUCCAAAGCAUUUAGCAUACUAUUGUAAAUUCAGAGAAUGUGGUGUGUGCGUGUGUAUUCUUCUGCGUACAAAGGCGAGGACAUGCCACGCAUAAUAAUAAGAGGGCAUUUUUCUUUUUCCUUUUUUUUUUUUUACUUAAACUUUUGUGCGUCGCAAAAAAUUGUGUUUUUCAUUUGUAAGAACAUUUACUCUAAAUAAUCUAUUGUUGAUACUGUGGUGAGAAGUAAUGUGUCGUGUUUGAGGUGCAUAUCGUCUGUCGUGGUGUUUGUGUUUGGAUGUGAGUGCGUGUACAGAUUUAAGAGUGGAGUAUCAAGAGCUCCCCCGCCCCCCCCAGGAGGUUUUCACACAAUCACACGGUGUAUUUGCUUACAGGUUCCAAACUAACAGCAACUGUAUUCACACGCUCGUGUUUCUAACUGUGGAGUGGCAGCACUGUAUGUGAAAAUUGUUCAUGCAAGACAAAGGACUCUUUUUUUUUUUUUUUUUUUUUCCCCCCCCACCUAAGAAUUCUCUGGUAGCAAAGCUGUUUGGACCCAAGUGCAUCACUCGAUGAUUAUUCUUAGUUGUUCGUCACAUCCUUUCCGGGGUUAUAUCAGACAGUAGUGUGAUUUGAGUGUCAAACAUCUUCUCUUAUCUGUUUCCUCCAGUUGAGAGUAAUUGUUCUGAACCUCGCCGAUUUCAUUCAUGAGGUGUGCGUGUGUGGUGUGUUGACGUGAGAGGUGACGUGUCAGUAUUCCUCCCCCCCGUACUACCUACUUUACUUCACUUCUGUUGAGCUCUAGUGGCUGGCAUCAAUGUUGAAAACGAUGACAAGCAAUAGGAUCCGUGAGAGUAAAAUCCUCCCUAUCAUGCCAGCUGUGUCUACUCAGAUGUUGUCCCCCCCCCAAAACCUUCAGAGAUGAUAUAACCGGCUGAAAUGUGCUUCAAAGGUAUUUGAUGUCUCACGGAGGAUAAAACAUCUGACCCAAGAAAGUACCAGCUAACUAACUGCUUUGCAGCGCUUUGUUUGAUCACCGUGUAAAAUACAAUUAAUCUCCAUGCGCUGCACUGAAAGCAGUAGCUGUCAAUGUAAGCAAGUGUAUCAGGUUGCCUUUGCUUACACGUCGCUGUCAUCUUUAAAAAUGCAUUUAUUGUGUUAUCCAAAUGUGCGCAGUAGAUGCCGUAUCUGCAUUAAACGUAGGUGACUAGCCAGUGCUUUGUGUCAUGUCAUGUUCCAGACGAGAUUUUAUAGGAAAAACAAAAAAAUGCUCCUUUUGUGAGGUUGGUGUCCCUUUUUAUGGCUGUAAUCCAUAGUAAAUAAGAGUCUGUGUCGUUGAACAUAUUCUGUAUGUAUUAAAGAGUAAAACAUGAAGCUGCGAUUCAUGUUAAUAUCCAGCGUUCCAUAUUUUAAGUGCACAGCCGAUUGCACAUUUAUGUAUGACGCAGUUUGUGUUGUAUGUAUGCAAAAAUAAAUGUAAGUUUACCUGAA